UUUUGGGAAUAUAGGAAUAUAAGUUUGGAUAUUAUUAUUAUUCAUAUUUGAAAAUUGCCAAUACAAUUUUACUUGCCACUUUUAGUUAUGUAUAGUAACGGACGGCAAAGAUGUUUGGACUAAAGUGCUAUACAGUAUUUUGCUUCAUCGUCUAUUUGGAACUUAAUCAUAGUUUGCCAUGCACAAUUGAAAGCGGUUUAAUUGGAGCAAGUGUGUUUGAAAAUGCGCCGAACGGAACUCUUGUGACAACUUUAUAUUUCGAAGGAAGAUAUGGAUAUGAACUACAUGAUAUAUUGCUAGAUAGAGAUCUGGAUAAUUAUUUCGAGCUCAAUAAAACAGACGGACUGCAAGAAGUUACAAUUUAUGUUAAAGACUCCACAAACAUGAACAGAUAUCGAUUUCCCAUUAUGCAAGGUGUCAGCUUCGCUGAAAUAAAUGGAUACGUGGCUUGCUAUGAUAUUUAUAAUCAGUCGAUAACAUGGGUUACAGGAGUACAUUUGUUUUACACCAACAAUUAUCCAUCUCAAAUAACUUCACCAGGUCAGACAUCACAAAGCGAGAACUUCCCAAUCAACACUAUUUUACCUAUCUACAUCACCAAAACCGACAACGGUGAUCCAACAACCGAAAGUUGUACUUAUUCAAUCACGGGUCAAACUCCAGCAGGAUACUUCGAUGUAGAUUCGAUCAGUGGAAAAUUUUCUCUUCUCAAGAGUUUGAAUUAUACAGAAUACCAAAAUCACACAGUUGAUAUACAACUGACAAACACCGGGCCUGAUAGCAACGGUGAUGAAGUAGUAUUUAAUGAUUAUCAAACACUUACAAUACAAAUAGAAGGCUUCGAUUAUUCACGACCGAUAUUCCUUCCUUGUCAUAAUGUUUGCCCUCCUCUCUAUACUACAAGCAUGGUCACUAGUAACACAUAUGAUUCGCUAAAUAUUUUUCCUGGACCAAUUAUAGCAAUAGACGGAGAUACUGGAAUAAAUCAACCAAUUAUCUAUAGCUUCGCAGACGAAUUUACCUCAGAAAGUGAGACAUUUUAUUCUCAUUUUGUCAUUGACGAGGUGUACGGACAAGUCAGUGUAAUACAGCCAAUACUCUCAGCUUCUUUGAUAACUCUAACUGUUAAAGCAGAACAGACUGAUAAUCCCGAUCGAUACUCAGUUGCUUACCUACAGGUUACAGUUUUAAAUAAAGACGAAUAUCCUCCAGCAUUUCUACCAGACAUAUACGAAGGUGACGUUGUUGACGAUGGAAGCCAAAUUUUAUUUGUGUAUGAAAAAGAUAGCAAUACUUUGAUCCAUAUAAAUGUAAUAGACGAAGACAAUGAUCCCAAUGCUAUAUUGAUGAUGGAAAUGUCUGCAGCAACACCGUUUAAAAUCACCCCGGACGGAAAAGUUUAUGUCGAAAAUGAUCAAAUAAACUUUAACCAAAAGACUUACGAGUUUCAAGUUACAGCAAAAAAUAUGGACCCUGACAUUGCCGAUGACAACAGAUAUAGCACUCAGCCAGCCACGGUUACAGUAUGGAUACGAGAUCCAGAACCAGAAUCAAAGAAAACUGUGACUUUAAAAACUUUUUGGAUUACAACUGGAAUACUGUUGCUUAUUCUACUAGUUACAAUACUUGUAAUCGUCAUAUAUUUUAUAAGGACAACAUGUAUGAAGAACAAAAAUAAAACUAAGAAACCUCAACAACAGACUUCUCAACUUUCACCAAUUGAGGCAAAAAUGAAAUUGAGGCCGAGAGCAACUUUGCCGACAGAAGCAAAAAAAUUGAGAAAACGUGAAUAUCGACGGGAGCCAACAAGGGAUAUAGAUUUAAAUUCUUCUACACCUUCCAAUGAUAUAGACGCAGAAUCAAGACCUGAAGAAGCGCGAACGCGAGCACGAAACGUUGGAGGAAAACGAAACAAUGUGGAGCAAAUAACACAAGUCCCUCCGCGUCCAAUUAAACCGUUGCCGGGAAUGCAAAUUCACAGGCCAAGUGAUGUUCCGUUAUCAGAUUAUACUAAUACACGCCAAACGAUGUCAGCAGGUCAUUAUAAUAACUCAUUCGACACAAUUUCAAAUGGCUCGGAUUACGAACCACCUUUUCCCGCUGCUGAUCACAAUGUUAAUUCACGCAACUCACCUAACAAAGCGACUCUUAAUCUAUACAAUAACAAACGGCAAGAGCAAGUUUAUGAAGUGACCAUUUAAAAUCUCGCAAUGAAACAAGAUUUGAGCUAGAAAGCGGGUUCAUUUGACCCCCGAUCAUUUGAAAAAAAACUCUAAUUUCAGAAAAUAUAGACUUCCCUUCAAUUUAAAGCGUGACUGCGUGACUCCAACUUCUGAUACCGACUUAUGAAAUAAAUAGAAGUACCCCAAAAUAUAUGGACUCUUUAGUGGUCUUAGUUAAACAGUUCGACUCCAAUAAUAACUUUUUUAAGGGUAGCGAAAUUAAACAUAGAUUCCACUCCUAUGACUCUUGCCCUAAAUCCGGUACCAAUGUCAGAGGAAAGCUCCAAUAACCUACUCGGGGUCCACACAGCCCAGCGGUGUACCUAUUUUCAUGGUUAUCACGAUUAAACUUUAUGUCAUUUUCUUAUUGGACACGUUAGUGGACAUAACGAUCGUUUUGCAUUCUAUGCUGACACUCUUCUUCUUGUUCUUAUUUGUAUUCUUCUUGGCAUCGUUAU